CAUUAUUUUAUAUCCAAUAUAAGCUCCUAUCCUUCUUCCUCUCCAUCCUUUUCCAUCUACCUUUGAAUCUUUCCAUACGUGUAUAUAAAGCUUUACUUCCUCCUCUGCUACUCCUUUUCUAUCAAUCACCAAAACACAUUCAUUGGCUUAAACCCUAAGGCCCAAGCACCUGAGCUACCACAAACCAAAAAUGAGACCCUUUGGCUUGGUCUUUACGGUCAUGUUCUUGGUCUCAGCCUUUUCAGAAUCAAGAACCGCGGACUGUAGAGUUCUCCUUGGUGGCUCAUCAGAGGAAAUAAGUCAAUCUAAGAAUCAUGUUGUCGAAGAUUUUCGAAGUAAAGAGUUGUCAGGGGUCGUGAUACGUGGUUAUAAAAGGUUACGAUUGCUCUCUUCAGCUGGAGAGAGGAUGCACACAAUGGCUUCUGGACCGAGCAGGAGAGGUGCUGGUCACUAAAAGACUAUUUACUCACUUACAUUAUUUUCUUAUACAUCAGUAUUUAUUUAGCUCAGGUUAUAGUAAAGGAUUUUUCAUUUGUUAUAGAUCAUUAUAUUUAUUCAGUCACCAAUGUAAAGUCUAGAAGGGAGAAAUUCAUUUGAUCAUCAGGGCCGGCUCAAGGACAGGGGCCAGCAGUGCAUCCGCCCAGGGUCCACGUACAAAAGGGCCAAGACCAACGUUCAAUAGGGGCCCAUAUAUUCCAAUCGUUGAAUAAUUAAAGGGCCUUGUCUAAACUGUUCCAACCGAGUUCCUCUUUAAAUUUUUAAUAUAAUUGUUUGUCGGCAAUGUCAAAGGAAAAACAUCAAAUUUAUGUUCAACAUAUUGGGCUUUAUGGACCAUUGCGGUAGACGAUAGUACAUCAUUUUUAUAAUUUUCUUGUGGAUUUGGGUUUUAUACACAUAUAAAAAUAAAUAAUGAAAAUUGAGUGA